CGCAUCCUGCUCCUCUUGGAAACGCAGCGCGCGUGGUGCGCCUUGGCCAGGGUCGGGGCCCCCCAGCGCCCCCGGAAUAGGAAGCCAACAGGGUUGGCUCUUUUCCUAGAAGGAGGCUCUUUUCCUAGAAAUCUCCCCGCCUGCAACUAGCCCUUGGCUGGAAAUACGGCUGCCUCUUCCGGGGAAGGAGAUAGCGUGGAUGUACCUGCGGACGCAUGGCCGGAACGUCUGGUGCAGGUUGCAGAUCUUUCCCCCCUUGGACUGCCUCUUCAUACAUCCGUUAGGCUUUCAAGACCCUCCGGAGUCUCUGGUUGUUAUACUGAGGUGUAAGAAAAUACCUGCUUUUUCCAGGUGACCCUACUCAGACCUGUUCUUUGAGCCAUUGAGCAGUUUCAUUUUUAAACAGCAAACGGAGAGCUGCUCGCUUGGGUGCUCCUGCUCCAGCUGCGUGUGUGUGCGUGUUGUAAAAAGGAUGGUGUUUCUCUAGCUGCCGCACGCAAAACAACACAUUUGACCAUGAGGACUCUUCGCAGGUUGAAGUUCAUGAGUUCGCCCAGCCUCAGUGAUCUGGGCAAGCGAGAGCAGGCAGCCUUGGAUGAGCGGGGAAACCAGCAGCGACGGGCCUGCUCCAACGCCACCUGGAACAGCAUCCACAAUGGAGUAAUAGCUGUUUUCCAGAGAAAAGGCCUUGGAGAGCAUGAGCUUUUCACCCUCAACGACGGAGUCCGGCAGUUACUGAAAACUGAGCUGGGGUCCUUCUUUACAGAAUAUUUACAGAACCAGCUUCUUACAAAAGGCAUGGUGAUCCUGAGGGACAAGAUCCGGUUUUAUGAAGGACAGAAACUUUUGGAUACCUUGGCUGAAACUUGGGAUUUCUUUUUUUGUGAUGUUUUGCCCAUGCUUCAGGCCAUAUUCUACCCUGUGCAGGGGAAAGAGCCCUCUGUCCGCCAACUAGCUCUUUUGCACUUCAGGAAUAUUAUAGCCCUCAAUAUCAAACUGGAAGAUGCCCUGUCCCGUUCCAGAGCGAGGGUUCCACCUUCCAUUAUUCAGAUGCUGCUUAUCCUCCAGGGCGUUCAUGAAUCAAAAGGCGUGACUGAAGACUACUUGAAACUGGAAUCCCUGAUACAGAAGGUUGUUUCUCCUUACUUGGGCACCUACGGCUUGUACUCAAAUGAGGGGCCCGUCAGUCACUCUUCUUGUAUUUUAGAAAAACGAUUCUUCCGGCGGUCUAAAUCAGGAGAUACCCUUGCCAAGAACCCGGUUGUGAGAUCCAAAAGUUACAACAACCCUCUGCUGACUCCAGUAGCUGAGUACGAAACGGACGGUGCAUCCUCCAACAGCUCCGGCAUCCGAAGGCAUUCUGUCUCUGAGAUGACUCUGUGCCUGGAGAUACAGGACUACUCCAAUCUAACAACGAUCAUGGACAGUGGCUCCAAGAACUCUAUGGCUACCGCCAAAAACGCACACUCCGGAGAGCCAGAAAGGCUUUCUGCUGGCUCUAUGCAGUGCAUGAGCCACCUCAAGACGCACGAACCGCCAAAAGGACUCUCCUACCCCAGGGAUGACAAGAACAGGACAUUUGACCUGGGCCGAGACCAAGACUUGAUGGCCAUAGCCCCUACUGCCAGCCCUGAGAAUAUAGUGGACCAGAUUUUGGAGUCAAUAGAGUCAGAUUCCGAUGGAAUUUUCCUCGAGUUUGGCCAAAGCUGCUCCAGUUCGUCGGGGUACAAUGUGGAUGUGAACCGGCAGAGUGUCCUCUGAAGAAGUCCGGAUGAGAUUCGUGGUUCCUGCUUAAGAAGCAGCUUUGGAAUUCAGGACAACCUGUCGUAUCUGAUCUCGCAAGGGAAUCUUCUGAGAUACCUGAAUCAUCAGAAAUUGAGGGAGAGGAUGCCCUUCUGACCAUAGUGAUAUUAGAGGGACUGGUAGAACAUGUAGAUAAUGGUGGUACCGUUUAGCUGUAGGUGACAGACAGUGUGCUUGGCCAGGUGUCUUCCACUGCAGCUAGGCCCAUCGCAGGUACGAGCACCACAACACAGGAAGUCGGUGUUUGUGACUUGGCUGGAGGAUGAGGGCCCGCAGUGUAAUGUGACAGACCUUCCCUGACACCUGCCUCUGCUAUGUUGCCUGGCUACUUGCUCAGCAGGCCAAAGGCAAAGGGUUAACAGUAAACAGAAUCACUGCCCAGUGAACAGAAUCACCCCCAACUCUGGACAAGACUGACCAUCUUCUUUCUUUUGCUCCACCACUUAGGCCUGAUUCAUCCACUACCCACGUGGCAUGGGAAAUACUUCUUCACAGCUGGAGGGUCUUGUGCAGUACCAGUGAUUUCCAUAAACAGGGGUUGGGUUUAGCAGAUGUUAUGCUGUAGGAGCACUGGUGGUUGCCUGGCACAAAGAACUUUGCCAUGGAUUAUAACUGCGUCAUUUGCACAGCCCCUGAGAGCAUGAAGGAAUUCCCAUCCCUCACAGAAAGCAGUCGAGUUGAGGUUUUUAGGAUGCAUCCGUGCGGCAGUUUCCAGCGUGUGGCUCGAAGGAAAACUAAAAGACAGCUGACAGUGUGAAUUUGUCCCUCUGAGAACCAGACUUAGUCUAGCUCAGGUUAAUCACAGUAAAGUCUGGUUGAUAUGGUUGGGCGUAGCGAGGCACCACAGUCUUAUGGCCCACCCUGAACCCUAAAGGGAUAGACCGGGAUAUAAAUAAAAUAAAUCAAUUGGGCGGGGGGGUGGCUAACUUCACUUGGAGCUACUGUGUUCAAGGAGAGGUGAGGUGGAAGUUCUCCCUGUCACAGUUCAUUCACAUGUGCAAUUCAUUGCUUGGUAUGGCAGUCAUUCUCUGAGGAGCAUGCGUGCAUGAGCCAGCCCCAAACAGACUCAUCCUUUGACACAUUACUGAUUUCAUCAGCUCCUCCGUGGGAAGCCGUCACUUGUGUUGAGCACAUGUUGUGCACCACACAGUGAGGUCUCUUGAAUGGCCAGAGUCGUCUCAGUUUCACAAAAGGAGAGAUUGCUCUUUGACGGAUUGCGUUUCUUUAGGAUUCAAACACAAGAGAAGUUUUUUUUUCCCAAAGCAAAACAAACCUGUGGCUGCCAACAGGGCGGAGUCUGGUGUGUUUUAUUGUCCUCAUCCUUCCUGUAAGCACUCCUUUUACCGUUUGACAACUGAAAAAGAAUCAAAAUAAAUGGCGGCGUGCUUCAUGACAUGA